CACUUUCUCGAUCUCCCCUCUCGUAUCUCCCCUCUCGCACCUCCAACCGAGAAACAAAGAACGGAUAUCCUACUCCAGCGGCGGCGGCAUGAAUUGGGAGGCAGCAACGUGACUUCGGCGGCAGCCUCGUGUCACCAGCGGCGGCACGACUCCGACAACGUCUUCCAAAUCCAGAUGUACCGAUCUUUUCUGAUCUAAGAUUUGCUGUAGUGGAAUCAAAGGUGAUGACGCCGGAAGCAGCAUGUGUGACGCCGGACGAAAUCACAGUGACACAGGAUCCGGCGGUGGUGGUGGAGUCCUUGGCGGCGAAGCAAUUUGACAGCACCAACACGGCUCAGGGUUGGUGGAGACCCGACAAGGUGGCGACGAUGUUUGGCGGCACAGGCACGACAGCAACGUCUGGCGGCGGCGGCGGCGGCGACGUCUGGCAGCGGUGGCGCGACGUCUGGCGACGGCGGCGACGUCUGGCAGCGGCGGCGGUGGUGUGUCCGGCUAUGAGUGGUGGUGCGACUUGUGGUAGUGGUAGUCACACAUAGCAGUCUGCAAGUCCCUGCAACCCAUGACCUACCAUUACUUAAUGUAUUACUUAAUGAAGGAGACAAUUCAUUAAGGGUAUUAUUGUCAGUCCAUGUAUUUUUACUCCUAUCAGAGCAUACGGAAACAUUAACUCCUAUUUUUGCAUUUUAGUUAUGUUUUACUCUUAGUUAGGGAAUUAUCCGAUUUUGAUAUAUAUGAAUUAUUAUGAUUAUUGUAGCAAAUUUUUACAAAUAUAAUCUUCACUU